AUUGCGGGUAGGUUCGUUCGCGCUCUCGCAGUGUUGUAGGUACCACUUAGAAAGUAAUAGAAAGUGCUUCCUCAUGCUUAAAAUACAACUCGUUACUGCGUACCGCAAUGUCAAACGUCCUACUGACGCGGCCGAAUUCGGCAACUAUGACUCUGUGCCUAUUACUUCAACCGACGAAAGUAAUCGUUUCGGAUCAACCGAUUCGCCGGGCGACGUACUACGACGACGUGUCACCUCGGGCGGGCAGACGUUUGAAAGUGAAAGCGGAAGUGGUCGUCGUUGAUACGAAUAUCAUACAAUCGUUAUUGUUUUGUGCGAACGCGGGCGCCUAAUAGAUAUUAUAGUCCAAACGUCGAGAGUCUGCAGUCGCUUCCGACUGGCGGUUUGGAGCGCGUAAUAACGGCGCCGAUCACCGUAGGCGCGUUCGCCGAACACCAUUGGAUGUAGACCCACUCGUACAUAAUAUCAUUAUUGUUGUGUGUGUAAUCAAUAUUCUAAUAACUAAUCUGAAAUUCGAAAUAAUAAUCACAGGCAUACAUAACACCGUCGCUGUGCCUGUUAAACGCUCGUGACCUGUGUUCGACUUUGACGGGUUAUAUAACGACGUAAACAUCGGGCCUUUUUUUUUUAUUUUUUUUUUUUUUUUUCAUGACUUCAUAAUAAUAAUAAUUGCUGUUAUUGGUCUCCGUCGCCUCUACCGUUCUGUUGGCGCUGUCGAUGCCUUGAUGACACGUUUUUAGAAAUAACUGCGAACAACGACUACAUUAUACCGCCAAGGACGCGACGGCCAAAAUAUGACGGUUGUAAAGUUGAUGUUAACAUUGGGUAUUUAUUCGUCGGCGCUGGUCGGCUUCUUCACCCUGCUGCCUUUAAUGCAAAACGUCACUUUCACGGAAUAUAGUGUCACACCUCAAAGACCUUUUACAGGACCGUUAGCAUUAAAUGAAAAAUUAUCAGGUAUAUCGAAACUUUUUGAGGAUCAAAUUGUAGGACCUGAAGGUCUGUUGUAUCAUAACAACACCUUGUAUACAACAUUGCAUUAUGGUCAUGUUGUUAAAAUUGUUAAUAAUGAAAUAGUUCCUGUUGUGAAAUUUGGAAAAGUCUGUGAUGGAUUGUAUGAAGAACAUGUUUGUGGACGUCCACUUGGCCUUACUAUGGAUAAAUCAGGAUUUUUAUAUGUAGCUGAUGCCUAUUAUGGUAUUUUUAAAGUGAAUUUAAAUUCAAAAUUCUACGGUGCAAAAGAGCAGUUAGUUUCAAUGGAUGAAGUUAUUGAUGGUGCACGUCCUAAAUUACCAAAUUCGGUUGUAGUAACUUCUGAUGGUAACGUGUACUGGACUGACUCUGAUACAAACUAUAAAUUACACGAUGGAGUUUAUACAUUAUUUGUUGAUGGUACUGGAAGAUUAUUGAAAUAUGAUCCAAAAACCAAAAAAAAUACAGUGUUAAUGAAAAAUCUUCAUUUUGCGAAUGGUGUAGAAUUAUCAAAUGAUGAAUCAUUCAUAUUGGUGGCUGAAACUGCAAAAUAUCGUGUACAUAAGUAUUAUUUGAAAGGACCUAAAGCAGGAAAAAGCGAAAUAUUUAUUGAUGGUUUACCAGGAAUGCCAGAUAAUAUUAAAAGAAAUAGCAAAGGGUCAUUUUAUAUUCCAUUAGUUUCUGCAAGAAUCCCAAUUUUUGAAAAUAUUGGUGAAUAUCCAACUAUUAGAAUGAUGAUUACCAAAUUUCUUGGAAUAAUUGAUUUUACAUUGCUAAAGAUCAAUUCAUUAUAUCCUAAUUUAUAUUGCAAAAAAGCUAUGCGUUGGGUUGGACAUUUUGAAUCCAUGUCAAUCAUCAAAUCAUUAAGCAAACAACGAAUUUCUAUUUUAAAAGUUAAUGAAAAGGGCCAACUAUUAUCGAGUUACUAUUCUUUAGAUGGAAAGGUAUCUGGAAUAUGUGACGUUGAAGUAGUCGGUGAUAAAUUAUAUCUGGGCUCACCAUUUAACAACUUUUUGGGAAUUGUUAAACUUCCACAAGGAUUUUAACAAGUUAAAUUUUUUUAAUAGUUUAUAUAGUAAUGCUCAAUUAUUUGUAAACUGUUUAAUUAUUUGAUUUUGUAUAAUUUUUAAUUCAUAAGUUCAAACAUAAUUCUCUAUUAACAUCAAAUGCAUUAAACACAGUGAAUAUUUACAGACUUUUUUAAUAUUCAAAUCAGAAAAAUACCUGUAUUUUUUAAACUUCAGUAUCUAUAUAGUGGACAUGCUUUAAUUCUCCAUGUUUAUUGUUUUUUUUUUUUUUCAUUAUAGGUGAGUAUUUUAUUGUAAUGCCAAAUUUUACUCGAAUUAAACUUUUUUUUAUUCACAUUAUAAUAAGAACUUGUAUACUAUAUGAUGUAUUACUAUCUUAAACUACUGAUUUAAUUUAAA